CCGAGUCUUUUCAAAGUAACGUAGGCGAGGAAUUCUUCAAGUCUUUUGGUCAUUGCUGUUACUAUCGUUCUCAAUCACAGAUCAUCUAACAGCACUUGGUCAACAUUACUUGCAAACUGACUGCUAGUAUGAAAAUGGGUUACAUUUUCAACAUUUUCUUUCUUGUUGUUGCUUUCUUAUUUACUUUUCCGACUUUUUCACAUUUACGUUCACAUUAUUUAUGUUCACCUCAUGCUCUGGGCACCCGAUGGCCUAAAGUGUUUUCUAUAUUUUACCUCCGGUAUCUGGCUAUCAGAAAGUUUUGAUCCAAUGGCUUCUUCCUCUUCCACUAAUUGUUGGAAGCAUGAUGUAUUCUUGAAUUUCAGAGGCCAAGACACCCGCAACACUUUUACUGGCCAUCUACACCAAGCUUUGUGCAACAAAGGAGUUCAUGUGUACAUUGAUGACGAGCUUGAGAGGGGAAAAGAGAUUGCUCCUGCACUCCUCCAAGCUAUCGAGCAAUCAAGGAUCUCCAUUGUUGUUUUCUCUGAAACCUAUGCAUGCUCUUCCUAUUGUUUGGAUGAGCUGGUGAAGAUGAUUGAAUGCAAGGAAUCGAAAGGGCAAGUGGUUUUGCCCGUGUUCUACAACGUGGAUCCAUCAGAUGUAGAAGUGCAGAACGACAGCUUUGGAGAACCUGUGCUUCGUGCAGCUUCAUGUGCUGCUGCAAGUAUGGACAAGUUGCUGGAGUGGAAGGAAGCUCUAACAAAAGCAGCUAGAUUGUCUGGGUGGCAUUUGGACAACGGGAAUGAGGCUAAAACUAUCCAGAGCAUUGUUGAAAAGGUCUUGGCUAUAUUGAACCGCGCAUUCUUACAUGUUGCCGAUUACCCUGUUGGACUUGAUUCCCAUAUCCAAGAUUUGAAUUGUCAGUUACGCCUCGCAUCAAAUGAUGUUUGCAUGGUAGGGAUUUUGGGAAUUGGUGGAAUAGGCAAGACAACUGUUGCCAAAGCUAUUUACAACGAAAUUGCUAAUCAGUUUGAAGGUAGCAGCUUUCUUGCAAACGUUAGAGAAAUGGCAAAGCAAAACAAGGUUGUUGAACUACAACAAACACUUCUUUCACAGAUACUUGGAAAUAAAAAUUGGUCUGUUGGAAAUAUAGAUUUUGGAAUCAGUGUGAUAAAGGACAGGUUGUGUAGUAAAAAGGUUCUUAUUGUUGUUGAUGAUGUGGAUAAUGUGGACCAGUUAAAAAGACUAGCUGGAGAGCCAGAUUGGUUUGGUGCCGGGAGUAGGGUCAUUAUUACGAGUAGAGAUGAACAUGUGCUUGUUUCCCAUGGAGUAAGAUUUGUGCAUAAAGUGGAGGAACUAUGUCCAGGUGAUGCUUUUCAACUUUUUAGCUGGCAUGCAUUCAGAAAUUCCCAACCCAAGGAGGAGUUCAUGAUGCAUUCAUGCGAUGCAGUAACUUAUGCCAAAGGCUUGCCAUUAGCUCUUGUUGUGUUGGGUUCUUUUCUGUAUGGUAGGAGUGUACAUGAAUGGGAAAGUCAAUUAGAUAAAUUGAAGCAAAUUCCUAAUAAAAAGAUAUAUGAAAUACUCAAAAUAAGUUACGAUGGCUUGGAGGAUGGCACUCAAAAGGCCAUUUUCCUUGAUAUUGCGUGUUUCUUUAGAGGAAUGGACAAAGACUAUGUGAUGAAAGUGUUCCUUGCAUGCGAUUUCAAGCCAAUUAUAGGAGUCCAAGUUCUUAUUGAGAAGUCUUUGAUAAGUAUAGAGAAUAAUAAGCUGCAGAUGCAUGAUCUACUACAAGCAAUGGGCAGACAAAUUGUUCAGCAAGAAUCUCCCAAUAUACCAGGCAGGCGCAGCAGAUUGUGGUUUCAUGAGGAUAUUGCUCAUGUAUUGACCGAAAAUAUGGGAACAGAUGAGAUUGAAGCAAUAAUGCUAGACUUCCAUGAACCAGAAGAGAUGCACUUGAGUGCUAAAGCAUUUAAGAAGAUGAAAAGACUUAGAAUACUUAUAAUCCGCAAUGCUUUGUUAACUGUGGCUCCUGUAUAUCUCUCAAAUGAGUUGAGAUGGCUUGAAUGGCCUGGGUGUCCAUUAUUGUCACUGCCAUCUACUUUUCAUGCAAGAAAACUUGUUGUUCUCAACAUGCAGCAUAGCUUCAUCAGCCACUUCGAGGGAUUCAAGAAUUACAGUUGCUUGAAGUUUAUGAAUUUCAGUGGUUGCGGGUUCCUAAAAGAAACACCCGACUUCUCAACCAUCAGGAAUCUUGAGAGGUUGAAUCUUGAAGGGUGCGCAAAUUUGGUUGAGGUUCAUCAGUCUGUUGGAUAUCUUGAUAAACUUGAAUUCUUGAAUGUUGAAUUCUGCUCUAACCUCAGAAGUCUUCCCCGAAGAGUCAAAUUGAAAUCUCUUAACACCCUUCUUCUUUCAGGCUGUCAAGUGCUUGAGGCGUUUCCUGACGUCGUUGAAAAGAUGCAAUGUUUGGAGAAACUUUGUUUGAGUGGAACUGCAAUAAAAGCGCUUCCUUCUUCCAUCAAAAAUAUAUCUGGACUUAAAGUCUUGACCCUGACAUUUUGCAAAAACCUUGCCGAUCUUCCUAAUAGCAUUUAUAAACUUACACAUCUUGAGUGUCUGCUUCUUGAAGGUUGCUCAAAACUUGACAAGUUUCCAGUGAAUGGGGAGAAUGAGGUACCAUCAAAUUUCCUUACAUCUUCAAAUUGUUAUGAAAAUUCCUCAGGAUCGGACUUCCUUCCGGCUCAAGCGAAUUCUCUUGAUGGAUCUUCCUCAUUGGGAUUUCCUUCGUUAAGAUGGCUAGAUCUACGAAACUGCUGUCUAAGAAAUGUCAAUUUCUUGAAGAUGCAUGAUUGCUUUCCCAUGUUGAAGGAAUUAGAUUUGUCAGGAAACAGUUUUGCUAUCUUUCCAGAAACACUCUCGCUAUUUACUCACUUGAAGAGCCUCAGGUUACAUAAAUGCAAGAAGCUUCAAGAAAUUCCAGAGCUUCCACGGAAUAUUAAGAGACUAGAAGCAAGAGAUUGUGAAUUGUUGGAAAGAUAUUCACCAUUAGAGAAGGAAGGUGAAUGGCCAGCCAAACUUCGCGUUGUUGACUUCUCAAACUGCCACAAACUAGCUAAAAACCAGGGAAAGAAUUUGGAGGAUGCAUUCUUUAGUAAGGCAUUUCAUAAGCAAUUUCAAGUUGAAAUAUUCCUUCCUGGAAAUAAAAUUCCAGAAUGGUUCGCGUUUACUAGUGAACAGGGCUCCUUGACUUACCUUGUACCUUCCUCUGUUUUCGAGAAAAUCCAAGGACUGGUUAUCUGCUCCAUUUUAUGUUUAGAGGAUGAAGUGACAGCAAAUAUAUCGUGUGAAAUGUUUGUUGAUGGGAAAAGCAUGAUUUUGUGCUCAAGACAUUUCUUUCCAUUGGAGACGGAUCAUAUGUGGUUAUACUACCAGCCAUAUUGCUAUACUAGAGCCUUGGGUACAGCAAGAAAUGAUUUAGUUCGCUUUGAGAUUUCAUUUGAAGUCCUCGGAGCACCAAGGGGUUCGGCGUUGAAAAUGUGUGGGAUCUAUUUUAUAUACAAGCAAGAUAAGACAGUGAGUGAUCCAAGUUCCACUCAAUCCACAAGUUAUCACACAGACCACUCUGUUUCAUUUGAUCUCAUGACAAGUUGCUACGUAGAUGACCCCGACUUCGCUUUGAGUCCUAGUAUGAACAGGAAGCGGCCAGCAUCAUCAGAUCUAACUGAAGGAUGCAACAAUGAUGACUUGGAACUCAGUUUGAAUCCAAAGGUGAGCAGAAAAAAAACUGCUGAUAAUCAGCGUGGGGAGCAGUUUUCUUUUUCUCUGCAGCCAAUGGAUCAGAAGCCGGGUAACCCUUUGAUAUCAUCCAAAUCUGGGGAGCAUCAACUGGAGCAUUGGCUUUCUUUAUCUUUGCAGCCAAUGGAUGUGAGUAAUUGGAAUCCAAUGUGCAUCAAGAAAUUAGAGGAAAAAGUUCAACUUCAACCAAAGAGCAAGGAAACAAUGAGUUUCUUUAAUGAGCUUGGCGGGACUCCCAUCAGGGAACAGGCUGCAGUAGAAGAAUAUGAAACUGAAAAAGAUGAGACAUAUAUUUCUGAUGUUGAAUCUCUGGCUUGACUGAUACCAAUAUAUACCUUCAUGAGAAACCGAGAUGGUAAAGGAUCUACGAAAGAAUGAAGCAGAAAAGGAGUUUCUUCUAAUAUCUCAAGCACUGAAGUUGCUGCUAGUCGAAGCUCAGUGAUGGCAGUCCCUUGGUCAAAAAGAUCAAUGGAUGAUGAAGAGGUGUUAAUUUAUGGAACACAAAGCAUGAGGUCGCCAAAAGGAGAAGAACCUUGCUACCUUGGCUAUUGAUGAAUUUGGUGAUGGAGAGUCCCAUUCUGAUGCAGUUGUAUGGUUUACUUCUUCGCUGAGACGUCAGGGGACAGAUGAGAUCGAAGGGAUUGUGACAGAUUUACAAGAACCAGAAGACAUGCAAUUGAGUGCUGAGGUCUUUAAGAAGGUGAAAAGGCUUCGGAUAGUAAUAAUCCGCAAGGCAUUGUUCAAGGAUGGUUCCUGUAAAUCUCCCAAAUUCGUAAAGAUGGCUUGAAUGGCCUGGAUGUCCUUUAUUGUCAACGUCACCUGCAUUUCAUGGAAGAGAACUUGUUGUCCUCGAGAUGCAGCAUAGCUUCAUCAAGCAAUUUGAGGGAUUCAAGGUUGUAUCUCUUGGUGCUUCUCUCUUUAAAUCCUAACAAAAACUUAUUCUAAAUACAUGAUUAUUCAAGCACCAAAUAGAGGAUGAAUCUAGAAGUUUGCAUGAACUUAUUUUAUAUUCGUCAAUCUGUUGGUUUUAUUAGUGUACUUCAAUUUUAAAGCCUUGAAUUCUGCUUUAACCUUAGAAUUCUUCCUAGCAGCUUCAAAUUGAAAUCUCUCGACACCCUUCUUUUUACCGCCUGCAAAAAACUUGAGGUGUUUCUAAAAUUUGUGGAAAAGAUGCCAUGCUUGGAGAAGCUUUAUUUAAUGUGUUCAUCAAUUGAAAAUAUAACGAGGCUUGAAGUCCUAACUGCAACAUAUUGCAAUAACCUUGCCAAUAUUCCAGCAGCAUUUAUAAUCUAAGUCAUCUUGAGCUUUAUCUUCUUGAAGGUAGCUCAAAAACUGGCAAGUUUCCAGUGAAUGGACAAGUGAGGAGCAUUCAAGUUUCCCCAGGUCUUUGAAUACAGAGUGUUCAACAGGAUCCAGCUACCAUCCUUUUCGUUCUCCAAGAAGACUUGCAGCUCCAAGCAAUUUUUUGUGGAUAUAUAGCUUUUCCUCGCUGUGGUGUCCUAUAUUAAGAUAUCUGGAUCUGCAAUACUGCAGUGUAAUCGAUGUCAGUUAAAUGACAAUGUCGAAAUUUAUUUUCCAUGUUCAUGGAACUAGAUUUGUCAGGAGACAAGUUUUAC